GGGGCGGGCGCACACCAAGUCUCGGGCGUGGGCGGGUGCGGCGCCGCCUCCUCGCGGGUUCCGUUAGGUGGGGACGGGUGGCCGUUCGCCCGCAGACGUUCUCCGGGAGCUGCCGACCAUGGAUGACAAAAAGAAAGUCACAGCACCCCUUAUCUAUGCUGUUUGCAUUGCUGCCAUUGGCUCUCUUCAGUUUGGGUACAACACUGGUGUCAUCAAUGCACCUGAGAAGAUCAUCCGAACGUUCUUCAACAAAACCCUGUCAGAUAGGAGUGGGAGGGCUGUCUCCCAAGAGCUCCUCACCUCCCUGUGGUCCCUUUCUGUGGCCAUCUUCUCAGUAGGAGGUAUGAUCGGCUCCUUCUCAGUCAGCGUGUUUGUCAACAGAUUUGGCAGGAGGAACUCCAUGCUACUGGUGAAUGUCUUGGCCUUUGCUGGUGGCCUUCUCAUGGCCUUCUCUAAGGCGGCAAAGGCAGUGGAGAUGCUGAUUAUUGGCCGCUUCAUUAUUGGUGUCUUCUGUGGUCUCUGCACUGGCUUUGUGCCCAUGUACAUCAGUGAGGUCUCACCCACCAGUGUCCGUGGGGCUUUUGGCACCCUCAACCAGCUGGGCAUUGUUGUGGGCAUCCUGGUGGCUCAGAUAUUUGGCCUGGAGGGAAUCAUGGGGACUGAAGCACUUUGGCCACUGCUUCUGGGGUUCACAGUCCUCCCGGCAAUCCUGCAGUGCGUGGGUCUUCUUUUCUGCCCUGAGAGCCCCCGUUUCCUAUUGAUCAACAAGAUGGAAGAAGAGAAAGCACAAGCAGUUCUCCAGAAGCUCCGUGGUACACAAGAUGUGUCUCAAGACAUCCAGGAGAUGAAAGAAGAAAGUGCUAAAAUGUCCCAAGAAAAAAAAGCCACUGUGCCAGAGCUCUUCCGUUCUCCAAACUAUCGUCAAGCCAUUAUCAUUGCCAUCAUGCUGCAGCUCUCCCAACAGCUCUCAGGCAUCAAUGCUGUAUUCUAUUAUUCAACUGGGAUUUUUGAAAGAGCUGGUAUCAAACAGCCUGUUUAUGCCACCAUUGGAGCUGGCGUGGUGAACACGGUCUUCACUGUUGUGUCGCUCUUCCUGGUGGAGCGUGCAGGGCGCAGGACCCUCCAUUUAGUUGGUUUGGCUGGCAUGGCUGUGUGUGCUGCUGUUAUGACUAUUGCUUUAGCUCUGAAGGACAUUUUGGAAUGGAUCAAAUAUAUCAGCAUUGUUGCCACUUUUGGCUUUGUGGCUCUUUUUGAGAUUGGCCCUGGCCCUAUCCCAUGGUUCAUUGUGGCAGAACUCUUCAGCCAGGGCCCACGGCCUGCAGCCAUGGCUGUGGCUGGGUGUUCCAAUUGGACCUCCAAUUUCUUGGUGGGAAUGCUCUUCCCCUAUGCAGAGAAACUGUGUGGCUCCUAUGUCUUCCUCAUCUUCCUCGUUUUCCUGGUCAUCUUCUUUGUCUUCACAUUCUUCAAAGUGCCGGAGACCAAGGGCAGGACUUUUGAAGACAUCUCCAGGGGCUUUGAAGGACGAGCAGCAUCCAACCCUACCUCCCCUUUAAAGAACCCCAUGGUGGAGCUCAACAGCAUACAACCUAACAAAGAAGUUGCCUAAGAUUUCUGAAACACCCAUUCUUCAACUCUCACAUGCCUAAAGAGUCAUUAAAGGAAUGAGCAAAGAAAACCAUGAGAACUGGGACGUUUUUCCCCUCCUCAAUUGCUGCUAUUUUCUUCUUUUCACCCACAUGCUUGCCCAUUGUGCCAGGCUUACCAGCAUUAAGUGAAUCUGAUAUGGGUGGUCUGCCAUACUGGAAAGCACCUGGCACUUGCAAAAAUAAUCUCAUCUUUCCUGUCAAACACCAGGAGAACAGAGAAGAGCUGGCAAUGUUUUUUGCUUUCCUCACAUCAAAUUGCCAUUUGGGGUUGACAUACUUAUGCACACAGUUACCAUUAUGUAUUUGAAUUACUCUUUUUGUAGUGAGUUAAAGUGACCCACUAAACAAGUCCCCAGCCCUUUGAGUCUAUCUUGUGUGCGUGUGUACAGUGUUACACUGGAAUUUAGCAAGCCUACCAAAAAGCCAGGUUGCUUUUUCCUAUCCAGUGUGCACUUUUUUUAGCCUCAGGUAAAAGGGGACCAAGUCACAUGCAUAUUUUUCCUGCUCUUUUAUUUUUUUUUUUGUAUAGACAAACUGAAAGCAUACUUUUACUUCAGUUUAUUUAUUUGUAUGUCACUUUGUAAAUAUUUAUUUUUUUAAUGGUGUACAAAAAUGUACAGAUAAAGAAAUUGAGGAAGUUUAAGAGAAAUAGCUAUUCUAACAAAAGAUGCUGUAGACUUGAGGCGCAAUAAGGACUGUAAAGGAGGAAUGUGGUACUAAAAAAGAGAUCAUUUUGGGUGGUAUGUACAACAGAGCCAAUUAUGCACAUUACCUUUUAAGUUAUUUGUGCCCUCUGGAAAGAAAUUCAAGGAAUUGUGUACUUGCGAGAAGAGGUAUGUUUCUCCACCAAAAUCUCUGUUAUUAGGGAUUUUUUGGUGGCUAUUUUAAAUAACUGUUCCCAAGUGUUCAUUAGGAAGUGAUAUUGGAGCUUACAAUGAGUGUUGUUAGAUUAUAUUUUCAGACAUGGUUUUAUGUAUUCUAUGGAUGAUUGAAGGUGGUGAUUGCUAACCAGAAAGUAACUUUUCCUACCUUGUCUUGAUUUUCUUUUUGACUUUUCUGUUGUAUUCUAAUAGGUCAUAAAGUCUGAAAUUUGCAGAUUGUUACUUAAAGGCGUGCAAGGACAAAAAUUAUUUUUCGAAGCUAUAUUUUUCUUAGCAGUUGUUCCUAUAAAUAUUGCAGAGGCAUGUAGCAUGACCCUUCUGGACACAGGCAUGGUCAGUUAUGGUACAUGUAAGUUCAUAAAAGUAGACAUGCAGGACUAGAGAACAGAGGUACUGGAAGUUGCUAGUUUAGCAGUAUGAAAGGUCUGUAGUGCUCAGUCUCCUGCUUGGUUGCAGGCCUAAUGUUUUUGCCCCAUGUAUCCUCUCUGGAAUAUCUGCAUGAUGAUGUGGUGCUCACCAGCAUGCUGUGUAGGUGUGUACAGCUCUGUAAUAGUGCCUCUGUUAAAAGGGAUGUGGCAGACAGUAAUUAUACAUCAGAAAACGUUGGUAUCCCUACUUGUCAUACUGCUGGGCAGUUGAGAGUGUGUGUGCAUGCACUCUGGCUAGCACAGUUCAGUUCAGGUAGGCAAAAAGUAGCACGUAGGUUAUACUUGCAGUCAAGGGGUGGGAGCUUUAGUGGCUGCACUGCCCUGUCAAGAGACUCCAGGCCUGUGCCUGUCCAGGCCUGCACAAGCUGUCUAAAGGUAGUGCAGAGGUAGGUCCAAUUUAAACUCCUGCUCUAAGAUGAAAUCUGCAUCUAGUCUGCAGUUUUGGACUUGAUCAAACUCAGGUCUACUUGCUGGAAUUCUUAACUAGAUUUGCUAGAAGAGAGGCAAGCUCACGGAGUCCAAGUUGGGUAAAAGGAGGAAAAGCUCAGAAAGGUAGGAAGGACAGUAAGACUUUUUGUAGCACAGAUAGCCCAAGUUUUCUUACCAACAUACUGCUUCAGAACAGGUUACAGAAGUUCCCAUUGAUGUAUAUUCUGGGGGGGGGGGGUCUGUCUGACGUUUUCAGUAACUAGUGAUGAUGUUUCUACCUUCCCUAAUAUGAUACAGUUGCAGAGAUCAGUUAAAUUUGCUGCUGUGAAUUAAUUUGAAAUACCCCAGCUUUGCACAUUGCAGUUGUAUUACAUCCAGUUUUACCUAGCUUUUUAUCAGGCUUACAUGCCAGAUAUUUAUUCUCAGAAGUAUCAUAUAAGACUUCUUUCCCAACUUUGACAUUUUGACUCAGUUACACAGAUUUCUGUGCCCUUCCUUUGACCCUUCAGCACGUCCAGACAUGAUAUUUCUAUAUGGGGUAUCUGUAUGUUAGGAAAUUACCCCUAUGGCUGUGCAUAAGAGCAUUCCAUACUUCGCAUCAGAUGUGUGUUGGCUUGGACCGAAAUGUGUAGGCCUUUCUCACAUGGUAUCUCUUUGUUAUUUUCUUUUUCUGUAACAGCAUUGUGAAUAUUUUGGAUGGAUUUUAUAUGCUUAUUAAUGUGGUUGUUUCCUGGUUUUGAAAUAAAAAAUAUUAAAUAA